AUGGCCGACUUCAGAAAGCAGGGUGGUGUCCUGACUGGCCGUGAGGAGCGUUACGAUGGCUUCGAGGGUGAGCCCCGCACUGUUGGUGGUGCCCACACCGGCACCCACAGCUCCCACACCGGCACCGGUCUUACUGGCGCUGGUCUGACCGGCUCUUCCCACACCGGCUCCGGCCUCACCGGCACUAACACCACCGGUCGCGAGACCCUCGGUGAGCGCGUCCGCGAGGGUGAGCAGGACCUCAAGCACGGUUCCCACUCCCACUCCACCACUGGUACCACUGGUGCUGGCUACGGUCGCGAGUCCGAGGUCAACUCCAAGACUGGUAAGCCCUCUCUCAUGGACAAGCUCAACCCCAUGAAGGACUCCGACCACGACGGCAAGAAGGGUAUGAUGGACUAA